CCUCUCUACAAGGGACACAGGGAAAGCUGUGCAGGACCCGUGUUCACAGGGCAAACUGUACUAGUGAACUGGUGGGAAGACCCCUAAACAUGCAACCAGCAGAAGGUAUCAGCAAUGAAUAAGAACCAUCCUGUAUGUGCUUUCCUGUUUUCCUGCCAUAUUUUCUUCACUGUGUAUAACCCAGAGAGGAAAUCUAACUUCCAGCUAAGGGUUAUAAGCUCAGCAGCAAAUAAAACCACAGAUGCCAAAUACAAGUGAUAACAAUAUUCCCUGAGGCCCAUAGACCACUAAACCAGCAGUGGGUUCCACUAGUGGAAUAGGGCAAGAAUCACAAGUACCACAGGAAAUGCAUUCUUUGUGUGUUUGUGGACAGCUGAGAGAGGAAGCACAUUCUCCCUCAGCCUCGAUAAAAACCUCAUGUGUAACAAGGAGAAGUCAUCUCCAGUCUGACAAUUAUCCGUGAUUACAAUUGUCAGCGACUGUCGAUUUGUAGCCAUGUCUGAUUUCCGUUGCCCUGCUGUGUUGUGGUGGCUGUUACUGGUCAAAGUUCUGGUUCAUGGGGUGGAAGAACCACCCUGUCAGUGUCUUACACAGGAUAUAUGGCCUGUUGACUGGACAGCUCCGGAGAAUGAAGUUUGUUGCUUGAAUUUUAGUGUUAAUAUAAGCAAUCUAGACUGGAACAUGUUAACUCCAUUAUCCAACCUGAGGAUCCUGAACCUCUCAAAUGCUGGAAUUACAACAAUAGAAUAUACUGAUGGGGGAAUAAAGACAACUAAUAUUGAGGUUCUAUACCUGGAUAACAACUAUUUGAAAGAGUUGCCCAAUGGGUUCCUGGGUAAUGCUCCCAACCUAAAGAUUUUACAUAUUGAAAAUAACCAACUAAUUCACCUUCCUUCUAGUUUUCUUCAGGUUUCUCAUCUAAUUGAAGAACUAGACCUGAGCUUCAACAAUUUGACCUCUGUACCAAUGAGUAUUUUCAAACCAUCCCUCACCAAACUUGGCUUUCUCAACAACAGCUUGGAUUGUACCUGUGGUUUUUAUGACACGCUUCAGGUAACCUUCCGUGACCAACACAACAGUUCUCUGCUGGAUGAUUUCACCUGUUCUUCUCCAAGGGAUGUCAGUGGUUUAAAGAUUGGAGAUGUAAAGAGAAGUAACCUCUGCAGGUCUCAUCGUUUAACAGUUUUGCUUAUCUGCAUCCCGUUGGUGGUGGUGUUGGGUCUAAUGUGCUGGUAUCUUUGCUGUCAUAAGCAGAAAGAGAGUUUCCCCGGCAAACAACACUGCAGCUUGGUGACUGUGGAUCGCAAUGGUGCUGGGGGUCUCGGACAGCAUCCUCGAUAUGAGCCUCGGCAGAAAGUAAAGAAGGAAAGAAUGGAGCUUGAGCCGAACCAGUUAAAGGAUCCAAUUUUACUAAAGCCUUCUGCUGCCUUGUUGGGGAGCAGUAGGGAUCUUUAUGAAGAAGUUGAGAUCAAACUGGGGACAUCUGCGGACUCCUUAAUGAAUGGUGAGGGUCAGAUAAGCAGAGAAGGUCCUGGGCUUAUGCUGGCAGUAGAGGAGGAAGAUGAGGUGGAGUUGAAGACUGGAGAGGACCCUGACGUGGAAACGGUCAGUGUGACAGAGGUUAUGAAGGACUCAAGUGACAGAGAAAAACUCUAUCUGAAUCAGGCUACUGAUUAUUACAGUCUGGUGCCUGGUAUUGAACUGGAUGAUUCUGAUCACUGUGAGUAUGAGAGUGUCGAUCUCUCCUGAGAGUGGUGGUUGAUCUGGUCCAAGGAGAGUUGUAAGAAUUUUCAGCAUUCACCUUAUACCAACUUGAGUCACAUCUGCACCACACACUCAAUUAUUUUAUAUGUGUUUAUAUGACAAAUUCAGGGGAAAAUACCCCAUUCCCUAAUGACCAUUCCAAUGGUCAAACAGUAGCACUACUUGGAGUCCAAGACUCAUUGACAGCAACCAUAUAUUUAUUAUAUAUUAUUACUACAUUUUAUGCAGAAAUUCCAUUAUUUAUGUCUUAAUUUUGUAUUCUAAACUAGGAAAAUAACCACUUAAGUAAGCCAUUUUGACCAUUACAACCAACCUUCUUGCAGCAACUAAGGAAAAUAUUUCUGAUGGAAUUUGCACGUUGAGUUAUACUCAAUACAAUUUUGUACAGAGGGAUCCCAGAGAUACUUUUUGGAAAAGGCAGAACAAGACAGCAUUGCUGCAAUAAACACAGUUUUUUAAUAAAUCUCUCCAGCAUCACCAGUUCAUAUGCCGACUGACUAAACUUCACGUAUCUCUCCAGUCCUUAGUGAAUCAGAUGCUUAGUACAACAUGGGAACUGGUGGAGGUGGUGACAGAGACAACUUAGUGGACUCAUGCCACUGUGCGGGAGAAAAUGAGUAAUUUAUUAUCUUGAAUAAUAAUACACUGUGGAAGUUCUGAAAAAUGGAAAAGCUGAGUGACUUAUAGUAUUGACAGAAAUAUUAGUUAUUGUUUGUCUAACGAUACAUAACUGAGGCUUACUUCACAGAGGAAACAUUUUAAAAUGUAUUUUUGUAAGAAGAAAUGAAAAUGUGGUUAUUUUUUAAUGCCACUGAUAUUAGUAUUGUUUAAAGAAGACGUUCUUUAUGUCAGAUGUACAUUACUGUGUGAAAUAGAGGGUUCUGAAGGGAUGGUGUUAGGAGCUCUCUAUAAAACCAUUUCAUAGUUCCAUUCUGAGGUACAGUGCCUUAACUAUUUUGGAAGGGAUGUGUGUACAUUUAUAUUGUAAUUUCAUUUGAGCUCUCUGGAGAUUAACACAAUAGUGUGAUAGCAAAAUACUCAUGUCCUAAACCAAUUUAUUUUUUUACUACUGUGUGCCUCUAACUAUGGGAUACAUUACUUAAGGAGUGCAACUUUGCGCUUCCGCAAACCUAUAAUCUGCGCUCAGUUUUUUCUUACGUGAGCCGUACUGGGUGCGAGAUUACUAGUUGAAAGCUUGGGUUUUUUGCAACUUUGCACGCAAAACGCAAUCACAAACUCGCACUCAUAGGGGCAUAUGUAUCAAGCUCCGUAUGGAACUUGAUGCCCCGUGUUUCUGGCGAGCCUGCACACCAGUUAUGAAGCAGUGGUCACAAAGACCGCUGCUCCAUAACCUGUCCGCCUGCUCUGAGCAGGCGGACACACAUCGCCGGAAAUCAACCCGAUCGAGUACGAUCGGGUUGAUUGACAACCCCCUGCUGGUGACCCAUUGGCCGCGAGUCUGCAGGGGGCGGCGUUGCACCAGCAGCUCUUGUGAACUGCUGGUGCAAUGCUGAAUACGGCAAGCGUAUUGCUCGCCGUAUUCAGCGAUGUCUGUCGGACCUGAUCCACACUGUGGGAUCAGGUCCGACAGACAUUGAUAACUAGAGGCCAUAGAGUUCAGUGGAGCUUCUUUUUCGUGCCGACAGCCACACAACCACAGCUCACGUAACCCUGAUCGCAACAUUCCAUAAAUAUAUACAAAUAAUAUGUAUUAAUAAAUGAAUUCAUAUACAUAUUAAUAAAUGUGUCCCAAUGGGUCCCUAUCUAAAACCACUUUCAGGUGGGUUUUUUUCUUCUCUAACACCUGACAUGUCAUAACUUUGACCCCUUAUAACCUUUUAAUGCUAUAAAAUGUAUUUAUAAUUUUUAUCAGACAGUGUUAAUAUGAGUGCUACUGUACUGUCCCUUGUAUUUUUUAUGUGUUUUGCGCAACUUUUUAGAUUAAUGCUUUGGUUAAUACCAGCUUUUUAGAAGAGGUUUUAACAAAAGAGCAAACCAAGAUCGUACCAGCGCAUUUGCAUAUACUCACAACUUGUAAUAUGAGUAAAAUUACCAGAGUGCCCAUAAAGUCACAAUUUUUCCCAAACACGAGUGCACAGAAGCGUGUGCUCCACUUGUAAUCUAGCUCUAUGUGUUUAAUUGCUGCAGCAUUAGGUAAUUUUACUAUAUCAAUAUUAUGUUUCUUUAAGGCUCAUUUGAUAUGUUAUAUGUGUGAAAAUUAUAAGUUAUUGUUUAGAUUGGUUGUUCUCUUGGUAUCCUUUGAAGCGUAAACAUUGGUAGUCUCAUGAGGGUGCAUAUGUUUUUAGCAUUAUAUGUCAGCAGUGUUUGCAACUGUAGUGUCCUAAUGACGAGGUAGUAUGAGUGGACAGCUCUGGGUGCCGGCAACAUGGGGUUGUAUUCAGAGGACUUAACAGCCUGUGGUGUGGGUGAGAGGUGCAUGGACCUAACAAGCUAGUAUUGAAGCCCCUGCACAAAAUUGAAACACAGGUCAGAUAUAAAUGAGGUUGAGCUGUAAUUGCCGUAUGCACAUUGGCACAAAUUACUAGCAGCGGCCAUCUUUGCAUGGUUGUAGCCAGUACUGUCAAAUAUCCACUCUGUUAAAUACCCUAGGUACGCCACAGGCUUGCAAAAAUGUAUAACAUUGCUACAGUCCUAAAGGCACAUGUACCUAGGUUUACUGUUCAACAAAGCAAGCUAAGAUAACAAAACAAAUCUGCUAACAAAAGUAAAUGGGUGCAUUUCAAUUUAAAAUAGAAGCAUUUUUGCAAUAUAUUUCUACAGGGUAUUAGGAAAAAGGCCUCUAGUAAAAGUAAUGGUUUUUCAGUGGCAUACACACACAUGCUAUGAGGGACCGUGCAGCAGUCCUGCUCAGUGAGCUGGCAGUGGUGUGCAUUGUUUCUGGGAAGACUUCAUUUUUGUCAUACAAGACACUGCUGACACUCUGAGCAGGCGUGGUGUUGUAUACUGCUCAGGGCCGGUGCUAAGAGUUUUAGCUACACAGACAAAGACACAUUUUGGCGCCUCCAACCCGGAUAAAAUGAUAUACUCUGCCGUUACUGCUUCUUAACAAAAUAUUCUUGCAAUGUGUUUAGCAGCUAUAGUUAAGAUAGGGAAAAUAGAUUUCUGUUAUCACAUCAAAUUCUGGAUUGUUAAUCUGAUUUAUUAUAACUAUAAUAGCUUAAAGGGACAGUAUACACUCAUUUUCAUAUAACUGCAUGUAAUAGACACUACUAUAAAGAAUAAUAUGCACAGAUACUGAUAUAAAAAUCCAGUAUAAAUCUGUUUAAAAACUUACUUAGAAGCUGUCAGUUUGGCUCUGUUGAAAAGGUAGCUGGAUAGCCCACUGCAAGUGACAAAUAAGACACUCCCCCCCCCUUCUUUUGCAUAUGAAAAGACCCUUUACACAAACAGGAGCAAGCUGGAGUAGGUAGUCGAGCGUAUUCACAUAAAACUUUGGGGCUUGGUUAGGAGUCUGAAAAUCAGAGCAAUGUUAUUUAAAAAUAAGCAAAACUAUACAUUAAUUUUUUAAAAAAAAAUUUAUGUGCUAUAUAAAUAGAUUAUCUACAAAACAUUUAUGCAAAGAAAAAAUGAGUGUAUAAUGUCCCUUUAAGUGGUGGCUCUGCAAAGCAUAGUCAAUCAGUGUUGUCUCUGCAUAAUGAAACAAACAGUGGUGACAAUAUAUAAAACACAUGAACAUAGAGGCAGGAUGAACUCUUUUUUUUUUCUUUUUCACCAUUAUAUCUAAACUAAUACCAGCAUGUCUAACAGGAAAAUUUAUCAAGCUUCUAGCCAAGAACCUGACCACCUGCAAUCACCACUUGGCAAAAUUUGACUGGAAAAGAGCUGUUUUAUUCAAUCCUGUCAGCUGCUUUUGAACAACCAAUUGCAUCUGUCCCACUGCUAUGACCGGCUCCACCAACAUUUAUGAAGACUGCUAAAAUGCUGCAGAUAGUGCAUUGUGAUAUUUCAGCGAGAUGCUUACAGUUGCUCUGGCGACCUGCACUCUCUGCCUUUGUAUGUUUCAGGGAAGUCCCGUCCCAUUAUAGCUAUUAGGCCAUCACAAAUGGCCCCUAUGAAGCCAAAGUUAGGCAGCAAAAAAUAAAUAUCACAUUUAAAAAAAUAUGUUAUGUAUCAAAUUUGCCCCCCCCCCCUCCCGAAGGGGCGCCCUUAGGCAGUCACCUCGUCUGCCCCUAUUGUAACACCAGCUUUGAUACUGAUGCAUAAGCCCUCACAUCAAAUGUGCAUAUGCCACUGAAAAAAUGUAAUGACUUUUACUACAAGUAUUUUUGCUAAUGGAAGUAUAUCACAAAAAAAAUCUUCUAGAUCAUAUUGAAAGGCACCUAUGCACAUUUCAAUUUUGACCUUUCUAUCCUUAAAUCCCUGUUUUAUUGCAGCUGUGUUGUUUACCCAUAAUGUGUGUGUGUAUAUAUAUAUAUAUAUAUAUAUAUAUAUAUAUAUAUAUAUAAUGCCAAAAAUAAAAUAAUUAGGUAUGUCCAAAUAGUUCCUUAAAUAAUAUGUGAGUGUUACAGCAUGUGUGAGCAACCUGACCAGUAUAUAAAUCAUUAGGAAGAAUCCCAGAUGUGUAUUGCAGAAAUAAAUAUGAGAAAAUCCCCAAAUUUAUCAGGGGAAAGUGCAGUCUAUACUCUUAACAAAGGUUCAUUUGUUACACAGCACACACAUAGAAAUAUAGUACUGUUCAUACUUAGAAAUACGCAGUGACACAUAUUACAUUAUUAUUUCACACAGUUUAAAUAUUAUAAAAGCAAUGGGGUGAGGGUUUAGUUAGUUACUAUUCUGUGUUAACAUAAUUACAGAUGACCCUGCUAUCUAGGGUUGCCACCUCAGCCAUGUUUUCCUGGACACUUAUGAGUUACACAUGCUGCAGGGUGUGCAGGGAGGAACAUGUAUUGUGUUUCUGGACUGCAUUAUUCAUAUUCAUAUUCCUCCCUGCACACCCUGCAGUAUGUGUAACUUAUAAGUGUUCUGUAUUUUAAGGGACAAGUGGCGACAUCAGUAUUCCCUCUAAGGCUAGUUUUGUGAGCAGCCCAGCAGUGAAAAAGUUAAUGAGCAAUUGGCAAACACUACACAAGGCAGACUGCAAGGUGUGGUUCCCUUAUUAACGGUUUCACUGCUGGGCCGCAGAGGGAAGACUGCCUGCUACUGGUCUUUAGGAAGCUGUUUACGUGCAAUAGUUCAGUGAUGCACAAGCAAAUUGAGCAGCAAAAUGACAUUCACUUUUUGUCUUUGACCCUCUUCACUUACACAAAAUGAUGUCAAGUGAUUAAAGGACCAUUAAGUACAGUGAAAUUGCAAAGUCAACCAGUGCACAAUAAAAAGAUAAUACAAAAGCACUUACUCCGAAUUUGAAAUGAGCAGUAGAAUUUUGUCUGACAAAUUUGAAAAUUGACUUCAAUUUGCCAGCCCCCUUUAUCAUGUGACAGCCAUCAGCUAAUCACAGACUCAUAUAGGAAUACACUGUGAACUAUUGCACAUGCUCAGUGAUUCUGGUGCAUCAGAAAGUGUGCAUAUAAAAAUACUGUGCACUAUUACUAAAGUAAAUUUAAACUUUUUUUUUUUACAAGUAUUUUAUAUCACUCUUCCUGCUUAAAACAUUACAAUAAGUUUGCUACUUGAUUACAUUUAAUCUGCCCUAAAUCACAUGUUUUAUUUAUAGCACUGAAGUUUACACAAAACUUGUAGUGGCCUUAAGAGAACACUGAUAUUUGGCAAUUUUUCUAUUCUGUAAACCUGGAUAUUAAAACAUAUAAGCUGUUUACUAGUAGAAUGCAUUGUUUUUGUUGCUAUAUGGAUGUUUAAAAGUUACAUUGUCUUUUUUAAGUGAGCUUUGAGUGUAUGCAUGGACUGCUUUUGACUUACAAAAAUGCCAAAUUGGCCUUUUUAAAUUGUUCUAGAACAUCUGUAUGCAGAUUUUUUUUAAAUGACUGUUGUUUACAAUUCAUGUAUAAAAAAAAUAAAAUCUAUGCAAAGCAA